AUGGGGAAGAUCCUCGACGAGCCAUCAUACCCGGUAGUGGACAGCUCCCCGCAAUUCUGGAGAGUGGUCAACAACUUUAGCUUGUCCGACUACGGCAGCUGGGCCCUGCUGUCGGGCCUCGGAAUUCCUGUCGGUCUCCUAGCGGGAUCCUCCAAGUCGCCAGCGUUCGCUAGCAUCUCCGGCAACCUGCUGCGCCCCAGCCUGGCCACAGGUGUCGCCAUCGGCGCCUUCGGUGGGUUCCUGUUUGCGUAUCAGAAUUCUGCUGGGCGGCUGAUGGGGUUCUCCAAGAACGACUCGGAGGUCAAGGCCUCACGGCGAUGA